UCUUGUCACACGCUGGUCGUCAGAUUCAUAGCGCUGCUGGGCGGGUCACACUGCUAGGACUCACCGUUCACUCGAUCGACGCAAAGAAAGCGCCUUGAAACCGGGUUGAUUUAAAAAGUUUCAUAGUUCGUCUCGUCAGUGGCGUUUCUGUUUUGACACCUUUGGAAGCUAUCGAGUGUAAAUACUGUGGCGUUUUCUAUUCACGCGACGCUUCUGAAACUUUUGCGUGCGUAACGACAUUGGGAGACGAAAUGGGGGAGAAUGAUGUUCAGAUGGAGAGUACAGAGCAAAUGCAGGAGCCUCAAGCUUCAAGCUCGGACAAAAUCGACUUGUCAUUAGAUGACAUUAUAAAGCUGAAUAAGAAGAAACUGAAGGCGAGCCGAGCUGGCAACAUAGCUAAAACUAAACGUGCUGCUAACAGGAACAACGUCUUGAAGAAACUCAACCAGGUUCCACAGCAGCAGAGGGGACUCAGACGAGGAGCGCAGCAGUACCAAGGACCUGGCAGGGUGAGAGGUUUUAGGAGACAAUGGGAAUCCGGGAGGGACAUGAUGUCAAGAAGGGGUUCACUAAAUAGAGCUGCUGCCACUGUCAUGACCGGUGAACAGUUUGAUCAGACCACAUUCACAUCGAGGGGGACAUUCAGAGGACGAGGAAGAGGUAGAGGAAGAGGAGGCGGACUGAGCAGGGGUGCAUUGUUAGCAAGAGGACAGAGGGGUGGAAGACCAUUUGUAUUAGACAGAGGGUUUUCCGCUACAAAAAGGACUGAGAAAUUACAGAGGUAUCAGACGAUAAGAAGUCGAAGAACAGCACCAUCUGGCUCCACGCUGACAGUUUCUCUGCCAAAUGCUAAAUCUGCACCUGUCGCUGUGAAGACAUCUAAUCAGGCUAGGAGGGGUGGGGCAGUGUUAAGGGGCAGAUCAUCUGGAGGAGCCGGUACUUCUUCACCUAAGGGGAUUCCUCUGCAAUUUAACUACAAAGCAGCCACUAACCAGACUGCCGUAUACCUUAAUGACCGUUUCACUGACCUGAGGUUAAGAGUGCGAGGACGGGGCCGGGGAAGAGGAAGAGGAGCUCUUGGAGGAGGUGGAAGAGGCAGAGGAAGAGGAAAUAUCAUUGGGGGUGGACGAGGUAGAGGACAAGGAAACAUUAUAGGUGGUGGCAGAGGCAGAGGAAGGGGUGGGGUUGGUGUGACAAGAGGAGGAAGAGGCUUGAGAAGAGGGAGGGGAGGAUCAAGAGUAGCCGAUCGAACAGUAACUCUUCAGUGAUUAGAAUUACAACCAUUCAGUUUUAUGAAGUUGUAGUGUUUACUGUUAGUGAUGCACUGAAAUUUCCACAACCAACGAUAUUGGGGCGAAACAGAAAAAAAAAAAAUCAGUUUCAGCCGAAAUAGUUUUGGAGGCCCGAAAUCAGUGACGUUUAACUACGACUAAAAAUGGAAUUAGUUUUGUAAAAAAAAAAAAUAAUAAUAAUAAUUUUGGUGCAUCACUAUUUGCUGUAAUGAUGUCAUUCAACUAAAUAUUUGAAAGAUUUCUGA